AGUGCUUUGUCUGUGUGUGCGUUGUGUGCUGUUGGCUGCUCUCGAACGCGUUUACAUUUUUCGGGCCGGUUUUUCCGAGGGAAAUUCCAAGUUUUUCUUGUCGUAGAUCUUGUUUCUGCCAGUGGCCAUAACUGUCCGGCAGGUGAGGCACCGCGUUGACUAAUUGGCAUUUUGUGGAAAUCACCCCCCACGCGCGGUAGAAAGUGUUGUUUUUUCCCAAUUUGGUGAGGGUGAAGAAAACAAGCGCUGUUUAGAGGGAAGGAAGAGAAAGAAGAGGAGGACCAGGGGGGAAAAGGUUCCGAAAGGCGAAUGUCCUCUGUUUUUACUGCGCGGAACUGCAGUAGUGGUAAAGAUCUUUGUUUUGGCUUUUCUUUCGGCCAAUCGGCAACUGACCGCGACCGGGUGCAGUUCGCGUUGUUUUCGAGUGCUCAUUGAAGAGAAAGGAAAGUUGCGUUCCGUGGCCUCAGUUCGCCGUCGUGACACAGUUUCCCGGAGUAGUUGAAAAUGCGCGUCACAGUGACGACCCCGGCGGACUACACCUUCCCGCUGGAGGUGUCGGACGAUCUGGAGCUGGAAAACUUCAAGGCCCUGUGCGAAAUCGAAAGUGGCUUCCCCACCACGGAGAUGGUCAUCUCGUUCAACGGCCAACCGCUGCUGGACGACAAGAAAACCCUCACCGAGCUGGGCAUCAAGGACGGGGACAUGGUCAUGCUGCAGCACAUCUCGCAGGCCGGCGGUCAUCAGGCGGCCCGGACGAGGCCCCAGCCGACGGGCGCACCGGCAGAACCCACCCGCCUUGCCAGCUUAGACUUCGGCUCGAUCCAGGUCCCCACGGGGGUGGUCGCCUCCGGUAGCCGCUCCAACAGUGGCAACUCCGGCAUCAUCAACAACAACCGCCCGUCGCCCACGGUCGCCCCCGAGGACGAUCCGGCCGUCGUCCGGGAAAUGUUCCUCUCCAAUCCGGACCAGCUGGCCCUGCUGAAGCAGAACAACCCACGGCUGGCGGAAGCGCUGCUCUCUGGGAAUCUGGAAACCUUUGCGGCGGUGCUGCGCAAACAAAUCGCCGAAAAGAUGGAGAAGCAGCAGCAGCGACUGCGCAUCCUGCAGGCCAGCCCGUUCGACGCGGAAGCCCAGCGACUGAUCGCGGAGGAGAUCAAGCAGAAGAACAUCGAAGCGAACAUGGAAGCCGCGAUGGAGUACAAUCCGGAAACGUUCGGCACGGUGGUGAUGCUGUACAUCAACUGCCGCGUCAACGGCCACCCGGUGAAGGCGUUCAUCGAUUCGGGGGCGCAAGCGACCAUCAUGAGUGCGGCCGCAGCGGAACGGUGCAACAUCAUGCGGCUGGUCGACACCAGAUGGGCGGGCAUUGCGAAGGGCGUGGGCGUGCAGAAGAUCAUCGGACGCAUCCACAUGGUGCAGAUUCAAAUUGAGAACGACUUUUUGACGUCGAGCUUUUCGGUGCUCGAAGAUCAACCGAUGGACAUGCUGCUCGGCCUGGAUAUGCUGAAAAGACACCAGUGUAACAUCGAUCUCAAGAACAACUGCCUGCUGAUCGGAACGACGGGCACGCAAACAAAGUUCCUCGCCGAGGGAGAACUGCCCGAGUGUGCCCGACUCACCGGCAGUCCGGAGGAGGAGCAGAAGGCGCUGGCCGAAUCGGCGCGCCUUGCCGAGGAACUCGCCGUGAAGGAAGCACUCGCGAAGAGUGCCCAGGAUCAAGAAGGAGAAACAGCGGAGAAGCAGGAUGCCGAGAAGCAAGCGUCGUCGAAAAGGCGUAGAUCGCCAUCGACCAGUGGCACCGGCAGCAGCAGCAGCACACCUACCUCAUCCGGCCAGCAGCAGCCGCCGCCAGUUCCUGCCCCGCCCGCAGCUGCCACCGAGGACGUUCCCCUGGUGCUGCUCCCGACGGAUCAGUUUUCCGAAAUGGACGUCGUCGAGCUCGAGUCGAUGGGAUUCUCCCGACAGAUGGUCAUCACGGAGCUGCGGGCCGCCAACGGGGACAAGACCAAGGCCACUUCCGGUCUGUUUGCCAAGUUGGGAUAAAUGGCGUUUUUUUUUUGUUUCACUUUAGGAUAAGUUUUUUUUUCUUGGACAGAAAGCAGUUACUAACACUUUUCACAAAAAAGAGAUGCAUUUUUUUUUAGAACAAAUCACUUCAGGAAGAACAAACAAUCCAUUAUUUUUCGCGUUCAAUCAACUUAGAGGACUGUGUGUGGCAUGUUGGGGAAAAAGGUAGUUUUGGUUUACACGAUAGAUUUCUCGUUUUUUCUUCUCUCUGCGUUAACGAAAAGAUAAGCUGAGGGUGAAAAAAAGAACUAUUUUUUCAUAUUGUUAAGUAUCUUUGCUAAACUAAGUACAGCGAGCAUUUUUGAUCACUAAAGCAAACUAUUUACAGAAACACUCAACAAUAAACUGAACAAAAAAAAAGUUAAAAACGAGAGAGAAAAAAAGAAGAUAAAAAACGAAUGAACUGACAUCAUUUAGGGGUGACUUAAGUAAUAAAUACAGUUUAUUUCAGUAAUAAA